AUGAUAAUUUUGCUCACCUCAACUUUUCUCCCACAUUUGUUCUUCAAGAGCCUAGACGGAUCAGGGGCCCCCCAAAAAACGUUACAGAACACUGCACCAACAUUUACUUCACAAGACGCAGUAACGAUUAGUGUCAACACGAUGGCGUCCGAAUACAUAACUGAGAAGGUGUUGAUGUAUGAGCCCACCGAGGAGGAAAUUAAAUACCACCACAAAAAUCAGCACAAAAGUUUAAGGUACAUUUUCUGUGGCAAGGAAUUGGACGAGUUUGAAAAAGAGAAAAUAAAACAGCUAAAGGAAAUUGUAAAUGAUAUAAAAAAAAAAGAAUCAGAUGGAAAAGGGGUGGAAACCUAUGAGUCCAUGUUCGCUAAUACCAUUUUUGAGGAUGAUAAUUAUGUGCUCCGUUUUCUACAAGGAAACGAAUUCAAUUUUGAAAAGUGCUACUACGACAUGAUAAGACACUUGGAGUGGCGAGAUGAGAAUCUUCCUGUGCUGUACGAAGAUAUAAAGGAUAUGCUGGAAAAGGGAUACAUUUACGUGCACGGGCGGGACAAGAAAAUGCACCCCAUAAUUAUUAUCAAUUGUAAAAGCUUCAUUACUGCAGAUACGAAGGACGUUUUGAAGGUGGCCUACUACUGGAUGGAAUUCAUCAUUUCGAAGCUCUUCAUUGAAGGAAAAAUCGAGCAGUGGAGAGUUAUAAUUGAUUUGUCUUCCUGUGGUGUGUUGACCAUCCCCAUCGGCACCUUAAAGGACAUUUCCAAGUGCCUCAGCUGUAAUUAUAGAUCGAGGCUCUCCAAAAUGCUAAUCCUGAGCGCCCCUCUUUUUGUAACUGGCAUGUGGCACAUGAUGAAGUCAAUCAUACCGGUCGUAACGCAGCAGAAAAUAACCAUAUCUUCAGCGGAGACAGAUAAGGACGUUUUGAAGGUGGCCUACUACUGGAUGGAAUUCAUCAUUUCGAAGCUCUUCAUUGAAGGAAAAAUCGAGCAGUGGAGAGUUAUAAUUGAUUUGUCUUCCUGUGGUGUGUUGACCAUCCCCAUCGGCACCUUAAAGGACAUUUCCAAGUGCCUCAGCUGUAAUUAUAGAUCGAGGCUCUCCAAAAUGCUAAUCCUGAGCGCCCCUCUUUUUGUAACUGGCAUGUGGCACAUGAUGAAGUCAAUCAUACCGGUCGUAACGCAGCAGAAAAUAACCAUAUCUUCAGCGGAGACAGAUAAAAAUCUGCUGGAACAAGUGGACCUAGACCAAUUAGAGCAAAAAUAUGGAGGAACCGCCGAAAACGCAACGAUCUUCACAAAACCAAUCAUGCCAUGA